AUGGAUCGAAGCCGGGUCUCCUGCUUGGCAGGCGAAUUCUUUACCACUGAGCCACCUGGGAAGCCCGAGUGAAGAAUAGCGGAUUUCAACUGCCAUAUUACCAAGUAACACAAAGCUCACAUACUCCUGCAAUGCCAUCUUACUCUGAACAUGAACCCUGGGGUCUGGGAGCUGGCGGAGUGGCCUCCAGGGAUCUUGCAGUAGGGGUCAUCUCCUUAUUACAGACUGUAGUCGGAAUCUUAGGGAAUUUCUUGUUUCUUUAUCAGAAUGUUACCAUUCACCUCAGGGGACACAGGUUAAAACCCCUUGAUUUCACUCUCAGGCACCUGAUCUUCGCCAACAUCUUGGCCCUCCUUUCUAAAGGACCUCCCCAGACAGUGGCAGCCUUUGGAUUGAGACAUUUCCUCGGUGACCCUGGAUGCAAACUCGUUUUCUACAUUCACAGGGUGGCUGUGGGGGUGUCUUUCAGCACCACCUGUCUCUUAAGCGUCUUACAGGCCAUUAUGAUUAGCCCCAGGAACUCCACAUGGACAAGUCUUAAAGGAAAAGCUCCCAAGUACGCCGGCUUCACUCUUUACCUGUGCUGGAUUUUGCACUUGCUUGUAAAUACAUUUGUGUUCACGUAUGUGUCUGGGAAAUGGAGCAGCACAAACACCACAAAGCAAAAAGAUGUGGGCUACUGCUCUAUGACUCGUCUUGAUACAAUGACGUCCAUACUGUUGGCAGCUUUCUUAAGUCCUCCUAGCACUUUGUCUUUUGGACUCAUGACCCUGGCCAGCGGAUUCAUGGUUUUCACCCUGUACAGACACCACCGGCAAGUCCGCCACAUUCCUAGGACCAACCGUUCAGCCGGAUCCCCUCCUGAGACCAGAGCUGCCCAAAGAAUCCUUGCCCUGCCCCUUUCUUCUCAUGAGUCCAGACACCUGUGUAUCCAGGCUCUGCUCUGCCUGCUGCAGAAGGAAUAACCUGGUCCCUAAUCAGGUCAGAAAGCUCUAAAUUUUCCACUUGUAUGCACAGUGUAAAAUCCUUUAUUAAUCAUUGAGUUUUUGCUGUGUCCAGCCCCACAAUGAGCUGUCACACCACAGAGUCGUGAGCAGCAGACUGUCUUCAGAAGUUAAAAUCUACUGGUUGGUACAACCACUAUGGAGAACGGUAUGGAGGUUCCUUAAAAAAAACUAAAAACAGAACUG